AGAGCACCACUUCCAAAUCACUCAAUAUAGCAUAUAAACUCACAAUAUCACUUCUAUAUCCAUCUUCAGACUUAAACCCUUUCAACAUUCACCAUGCAGUACAAAAGCAUCCUUUCUCUUAUUGCCUCCAUCUCCCUCAUCCAAGGAUUCGUCAUCCCCGAGGGUCUGAAAGAUGGCAUCUACUCUGUCAACAAAGACAACAACGGCAAUGAGCAGAUCGAAUAUGUCUCUGACUUUGAGCAUUCUACAAAGUCCAAGCAUCGCCGUGUUCCUCUCCCGAGCGGAGAGAUCGGUUGCACCGGCGCAGGGCUGGACUACAGCGACCUAUCUGGAGCCCAGGUUCAACUGUAUAACUACUGCGGGUCCAGCGCCACUAUGCCCUCGAAGCUCAUGGUCUUUGUCCAUGGUACAGCCAAGGCGUAUAUCUGUAACUACGCGGAUGCGGGUAAGAAUACUUGCGCUGACCACGAGGCAAAGGCGGCGUUUGCCUCGCUCUCUGGGAACUGCGGAAACCCAUCUUCGCCACUUGGCGGCUGGUAUUUCUUGAAGGAUUGGCAAAAGACUUAUGGUUAUGAUGCGGCGGGUGCUGAUGUUUGCGGUAAUCUUUAAGCUAAAGACUGGCUCGCUUCAACGCUUGCUCGCUUCAGUUUGCCAUAUCUUGGUUUUGUUGUGUUUUUCUUAUUGGGUUACUUCUUGGAGACGCGGAUCUCAGUGGCAAGCUUUGAUGUAUAUACAGUUUGCAUAAACUCCAUCUUUACCGCUGUUGGCCUCGAGAAGAGUGGAGAUAAAUGUAGAAAAUGUGACCGCAUCAGUGGG